CAGUGAGAGUGGUUAACUGGGCAGGAACAUAGAAACACCCAGCAGGCUGUGCGUUUUAAAAACCUUGGGAGUCUGUAUAAAACUGCUCCAUGCCCGGUGCUGGAUGUGAGCGCAGACAGACGGCUGCGCGCGGAGGGUUCAAGGUUCAUCCCCAGAGGAAUCAGCUUGCUGCUUCAGAAAUGCGCUCAGAAAUAGUUUUAUUGGAGAGUCUAUAGGAUGCGCGUCUCCUCCUGCCGAGCGCGUGCAGUUUGACACAUCUCUCCCCUCCUCCUCACCGAACUGGACUUCAUUUCCAACCGGGAUCGAGUUCUUUCUAAGUAUCGGGCUCAUUCCAAACUUUUUUUUCCUUCUUCUUGGCUGUAGUCUUUAAUGCCACGGAAAUGGGAACGCAGCACCGAGGGAGCGCGUCCGCACUCUGCAGGAAAAGUUGGCUGUGCCCGGUGCUGAUCCUCUGGCUGGUCGCGUUCGUGAACGGGACCUGGAGGACCGGACUUUAUAAGGCAUAUUCAGGCGGGACCCAGGCAGCAGCCGCUCACACCUCCAUCUAUCACAAAAGGAACUGGUGUCCUCACACAGUAACGAAGACGGUGACCUGCCAGGUGCAGAACGGGACCGUCCUCCAGCGGGUCUACCAAGCGUGCCGCUGGCCGCAGGGAUGCUCAGGAGGCAGCUACAAGACGGUGGUCAGACCUUCAUACAAAAUGGUAUACCGCACCGUGACCUCCAUUGAGUGGAAGUGCUGUCCGGGAUUCAGUGGGACUGCUUGUGAGGAAGAUGGAGGGAACCAGCUUGUAGCUCAGGAGGCAGUGAGGAGCCCCUCUACUCUGCGGCGUCCCUCUGCACGCUCAGGAGAGCCUAUCUCAAAUUGUCUCAACUGCAGUCGAAUCACAGCUUUGAGCGAGAGGCUGAACUCACUGGAGGCRAAGGUGCAGCUACUGGCAGCACCAGCCGCCAUUUCCCAUCGCCACCUUCAGAGUAAAGGAGGAGCCGCUCCACAGGCGUCGCUGCUGAUGGGGUCAGCUCCAGCUCAGGGUGCUCCUGGAGAGCAGGGACCUGCAGGACCUCAGGGUGAAAAGGGGAGAGAUGGGCUUCCUGGCAGAGACGGAAAGCCAGGGUCUCGAGGACUGCCAGGUCCCAACGGGCCCCAGGGGGAAACUGGGGCAAGGGGUCCAUCUGGAACUCCUGGCUCUAAGGGACCCUCAGGACCAGUAGGCCCUCGUGGUCCACCAGGACUCCCAGGAGAGAGAGGUCUCCCAGGCCUGCCUGGUCCACCCGGCCCACCAGGCCCACCAGCGCCAGCCAGCGCCCGCAUCCCAGAACCAGACCACAAUCGUGGGAAAGACCCCUUCUUCACCAACACCUUCCAUGACUCAAGAGGUUUGCCUGUUCCUGGACCCCAGGGUCCUCCGGGGCCUAUCGGACCCCCAGGUCCCAGAGGCCCAGUUGGACCUCCUGGCCCAUCAGGACAGAAUGGGAAACCUGGAGCUCCAGGGUUGCAGGGCCCUGUGGGGCCAAAGGGAGAACGUGGGGAGAGAGGUCUUUUAGGUUACACAGGCGACAGAGGUCCCCGAGGCGAGCCGGGAGCACCAGGUCCCAAAGGAGAGCCGGGAGAAAAGGGCUUGCCGGACAUUAGCUUGCAGAUGUUCCAAGACUUGCAGGCAGACCUUGAGCUUCUGGCUCGCAGGGUGACUCUUCUGGAGGCUAUCAUCUGGCCAGAGCCUGAUUUAGGGUCUGGGGAUGAACCGUUUGGCACAACCUCUCCUAGUUUCUACAGAGAUAAGCGAGCAGGGACAUUUCCACGUCGACUUGCUACCCCUCUGUUCUCCGAUUCCAAGGUGUGAGGGCAGUAGCACACCUCACUCACCCUGAGGAACACAGGCUGGGUCGACUUCCUCUCAUCUAGUCUCAUCGGCUUUCAUCUGGUCCCCAGUCGGGGCUUUAUUGUAAGAUUUUAGGAUGGGAGACACCUCAGGGAAACUCCACUGAUACUCCGAGAACUGCUUCGACCACCACCCACCAUCAUAACCAAAUGCUCCCAAUAGCUGCUAGUGUAUUUCAUGUCUUCAGCUAUAAAACUAAAGACAAUAAUAACUACCAUUUUAAAUAUCUGUGGUGCUUGUUGAGCUAUAAUUGGUUCUAAACAAAAAGGGUCAUUAAGAAAACUCAAGUGAAGGAGAAAUCAGAUGUGAGGAAACACUUUGUAUUUAACUGCAAUCUGAAGAGUGUUUAAUAUUAUUGAAGUGUAUUCAUCCUUUACAGUUUGCAGGACAAAUUUACAAACCUCUUGUAUUCAUUGUUAUUUUGUUGAACUCAGUGUUAUGUAGUGCACUAAACAGAUGAAGUUGUUUCUUUUCUGUGUGAGCUUCGCGCUUUUAGUAGUGAUUUGUAGUUUGUUUUCUGGUGUUAGUUUUUGCAAGAAGUGCGUCCUGAUACACGGCCGAUUAGCAUUGACUUAAAAAUAUAUAUAAAUUUUUAAAAAGCGCGCUGCAAUCUGGGAAAAAACCUGAUCAAAGGUAAACUGUUCAUGUUGAGAUUUUAAACACAUGGGAAAGUGUUACUGGAACUUGAACAUAUUUUUACCACAGCUGUGUUGGUAAACUGGUUAGAAAUKAAAUAAAACACUUUGUUUUUUCAUCUUAUAUCAAACUUAUUGUGAAACUAUUUAAAUGACAAAUUUUAGUUUAUGUUGUAAACUGUUGUGUAACCAUUUUGUAUUUUGAAUUUUUUUUCUUGCAAAUGUGUUACUGUGUUAAGAUAAUACUGCCAAGAUGAUCAGUGUAAUAAAAUAUUGUUUAAAUUUUUUUAUUAUUAUUAUUUUAACAUGUCAUCUGUUUAAAUGUGUGGUACAAAAAGUAUUCAUUAAACAUGUUUUAUAACAAA